AUGGGUAAGGUUCACGGAUCGCUCGCUCGUGCCGGUAAGGUCAAGAGCGCAACCCCCAAGGUUGAGAAGCAGGAGAAGCCCAAGAGCCCCAAGGGCCGUGCCCGCAAGAGACUCGUCUACACUCGCCGUUUCGUCAACGUUACCCUGACCGGUGGCAAGCGCAAGAUGAACGCCAACCCCACCCAGUAA